AUGAACCCCAAUAAGAGGCUAGGAUUCAAUCAGCAUGUUAUUUUAAGGCUGCCGUCUAAUAAUUUUAAAAUUGUGGAAUUGAAACCUGAUGGCUCUAUAUCCUUGGGUAAAUUUGGCGCCUUUUAUACAAAUGAUAUCGUAGGAUAUCCAUUGGGCACUACUUUCGAAAUAUAUUACGAUGGGAGCUACGAACCUGAUGAAAAAAAUAAAAACAGAACACCAAUUGGUAAGGUGAGAGUGAUGAACACGGGAAUCGACCAAAGUGACUUGGAAAGUACACCGACUCCAUUGCCAAUGGAACUAACCAAUAAAAUGAGUAGUGCAACAAAUAAAGAACUCAUCAAUAUAGGUAAUGAGAUACAAGGGAUGACAAUGGAGGAAAUUGAAUCGUUAAAAAAACAAUCCGCCACACACGCUGAGAUUAUCUCCAAGAUGAUUGAAUCGCACGGAAGCUUCCAUAAGAAAACAGUCUAUUCACAAGAGAAAUACUUAAAUAGAAAAAAACAGAAAUUUUCCAAGUUUUUUACAGCUGAGUAUUUAAGUAGCUCUGCAAUGUUACAGUUCUUGUUAGAGAAAGGUGACGUUCAGAGAGUAAUGGAUCUGUCACAAGAAUCGAUUGGCAUGCUACUCAAUUUAGGUAAUAUAAGGUCCAAUGGCCAAUAUUUAUGUGUGGAUGAAACGGGCGGUCUUCUGGUGUAUGCUAUGCUGGAAAGAAUGUUUGGUGGUCAAACUAGCAGCGCACUUGAGGACGUUGGUUCGAUUGUUGUGAUACACGAAAACGAGCAUCCAAAUCUUGAUUUGUUAAAAUUCUCGAACUAUUCGGACCAAUUCAUCAAGAAUCACGUCAAAGCGAUCUCUUUAUUAGAUUUUUUUGAACCACCAAUUAUGGAAGAAGUUAAGCAAGCAUUCAAGCCACUGAGUAAGGAAGAGAUCUCUAGUUUGAAAAGUGGGAAAAAAAAUGCAUAUUAUAGGAGGCUCAAAUGGUACAAUACACAACUCCAAACAAUUGAGCUCUCGAAACAUGUAGAAUACGAUGGUUUAAUUAUUGCUUCCACACUACAUUUACCAACUUUAGUACGCAAAUUGGGUCGAAAAGUCCAUGGUUCAAGACCGAUUGUGUGUUACAGUCAAUUCAAAGAAACACUUCUGGAGCUCACGCAUGUGUUGUACAAAGAUCUAAACUAUUUGGCUCCAUCAAUAUAUGAAACAAGAUGUAGGCCGUUCCAAUCUAUUCGAGGAAAACUACAUCCUCUGAUGACUAUGAGAGGCGGUGGAGGUUAUCUUAUGUGGUGCCAUAGAGUUAUUCCCGCUCCCGAUCCGCCAACCAAUUUGGAGACAACCAAUGGCAACGGCACUGAUAUUAACAUCAAUAGCAAUGGUACCAAUGGCAAUGAUACCGAAAACGAUGCCAAUGGCAUGGAAAAGAACAGCCAUGGUGACGCCACUGCCCCUGAAAUGAACAAAAAGCAAAAAACUAGAUAA